AUGUAUGGAUUCUACUUUCUGUUCGCCUUGGUGAUUUAUUUCCUUGAGAUAGACGAUGGUGGAUGGUCAACAGAUAAGAAUUCUAUGAUAGCUAUGCCUGGGCCAUGUACAAUAGAUGUAAGAGAUGACAGCAUCACACAGAAAGAAUUCCUCCAAAGAUAUGCAUUUUCAAAACCUUUAGUCAUCAGAAGAAGAGGAAACAAAAAUUAUAAUUUUUUAAAAUCUUGUCGUAAGAAGAAAAUGCUUGAAAAGUAUGGAUCAAAGAAAAUACGUUUAAGUUCUGCAAAUACUCACUCGUAUGAAAAAGUUGAUGUAUCCUUACAGUAUUAUAUAGACAAUGUAUUGAAACCUCAAACACUACAGAUGUUAGGCAAUGAAACAUUUUACUGGUUUGGUGAUAAUAACUACACAGAGUGGAAGGAUUUGUUUGAACAAUACUCAGCACCUCCGUACCACCUACCUGAUAAGACGGGAAUAUACAGCUUCGGGCUCGCAGGUGCAGGAACUGGUGUACCAUUCCAUUUCCAUGGCCCUGGGUUUGGUGAGGUGAUUUAUGGUAGAAAGCGUUGGUUCUUGACACCACCAGAAGAAAAGCCAAAAUUUCACCCUAACAGAACAACAUUACAGUGGCUGAUAGAAGAUCUACCAAAACUCAGCCCUGAAGAUCAUCCGUUGGAAUGUACUAUUGGUCCAGGGGAGAUCAUCUACUUCCCCGACAGAUGGUGGCAUGGGACCUUGAAUAUUGACACCAGUGUUUUUAUCAGCACAUUCCUGGGUUAACAUACAGAUUCAAAUUUUUUUUUUACAAUUGUUUUACAUCCUUAUUUUAAUUUAAAAAAUAAAUAUUG